UGUAUCCAUGCUCUCAGUCUGUACCUGUUUAAACUGGGACUGGCCCCUCAGAUUCAAGAUUUAUAUGGGAAGGUGGACUUCACAGAGGAGGAGAUCAACAAUAUGAGGAGUGAGCUGGAAAAGUAUGGAAUUCAGAUGCCUGCCUUCAGCAAGAUUGGAGGAAUUUUAGCUAAUGAACUUUCUGUGGAUGAAGCAGCAUUGCAUGCUGCUGUUAUUGCCAUUAAUGAAGCAAUUGACCAUCAAGUUCCAGCUGACACCCUUAUGGCAAUGAAGAACCCCAAUGCCAUGUUGGUGAAUCUUGAGGAACCGCUGGCAUCAAUAUAUCAGGACACAUUGUACCAAGCAAAGAAGGACAAGAUGGAGAAUGCCAAAAACAGAACUGCUUCUGAGAACUCAGCGAGAGAAAGGGAUGUGUACGAAGAGCUGCUGACUCAAGCUGAGAUUCAGGGCAAUGUCAACAAAGUCAACACACAUUCAGCCCUAUCAAAGAUAGAUCUGGCUUUGGAACAGGGAGAUGCAUUAGUAUUAUUUGAAGUUUUGACAUCACCAGCCCUGGGGCUCCGAGGAGUACAGCGAGAAAAUCGUGACUGGUAUCUCAAACAGCUUCUGAGUGACAGGCAACAGAAACAGGAGACUGGUCUGGCAAGCCCCCUUCAGAAGGAGGAGUUACAGUCUGGGGUGGACACUGCUAACCAUGCAGCACAACAAUAUCAGCGAAGGUUGGCAGCAGUGGCAAGGAUUAAUUCUGCAAUUCAGAUGGGUGUUGCGGAGAACACUGUGGGAGAACUUUUGAAUCCAGAAGCUCAGUUACCUCAGGUUUAUCCAUUUGCUGCAGAGCUUUACCAGAGGGAGCUGGCCACUCUGCAGCAGCAGAGCCCUGAUGGUAACCUCACCCACCCAGAGCUGUCGGUUGCGGUGGAGAUGCUGUCAUCUGUGGCUCUAAUUAACAGGGCUUUGGAUUCAGGGGAUAUGAACACAGUUUGGAAACAACUGAGCAGUCCAGUCACAGGGCUCACUAACAUUGAGGAUGAAAACUCCCAGAGAUACAUUGAUGACUUGAUGAAGUUGAAAGCUCAGGCACGUACAGAAGGGAAUGAGUUUGUCACAUGGAACGAUAUCCAGUCGAGUGUGGACCGUGUGAACAUAGUGGUACACGAGGAGCAUGAGAGGAUUUUAGCAAUUGGUCUUAUUAAUGAAGCUCUGGACGAAGGAGACACCAGAAAGACCCUUCAAGCCUUACAGAUCCCUGCAGCAAAACUGGAGGGGGUAUCCCCAAAGGUAGCGCAGCACUACCAGGACACAUUGAUCCGAGCCAAGAGGGAAAAAGCACAGGACACUCAUGAUGAGACAGCUGUGCUGUGGCUGGAUGAAAUUCAGGAUGGGAUUCAUCGGUCCAACAGGGACACAGAGGAGGCUCAGAAAUUUUCCUUAGGAAUUCUGGCCAUUAAUGAAGCAGUGCUCCAUGGGGAUGUGGGCCAGACCCUCAGUGCCCUGCGCUCGUCUGAUGUCGGAUUGUAUGGAGUCACUCCAGAGUGUGAUGAGACAUAUCAGCGUGACCUGGCAGAAGCCAAGAGAGAGAAAAUGGCUGCAGGGGACAAUGGCAGUGAGUGGGUGAAGCACUGGGUGAAAGGAGGCUAUUACUAUUACCAUAACCUGCGAACCAGAGAUGGACGCUGGGAUGAACCCUCAGGAUUUGUGCAGAAUAAUACACAGCUCUCCCGGGAGGAAAUACAGAGCUCAAUCUCGGGAGUCACGGCUGCAUACAACAGAGAACAGCUCUGGCUUGCUAACGAGAAUCUGAUAACCAGAUUGCAGGCUUGCUGCCGUGGGUACCUUGUUCGCCAGGAAUUCAACUCCAGAAUGAAUUUCUUGAAGAAACAGGUCCCUGCAAUCACUUGUAUUCAGUCUCAGUGGCGUGGCUACAAGCAACGAAAGGAAUACCAAGAUCGCUUGGCCUACCUGCGAGCACACAGAGAUCAAGUCGUGAAGAUUCAGUCAGUAACCAGGAUGUAUCAAGCCAGGAAGCAGUAUAGAGAGCGGCUGCAGUAUUUCAGAGACCAUAUAAAUGACAUUGUAAAAAUCCAGGCCUUCAUUCGUGCAAAUAAAGCAAGAGAUGACUACAAAACACUCAUUAGUGCUGAAGACCCACCUAUGGCUGUGGUCCGGAAAUUUGUCCAUUUACUGGAUCAGAGUGACCAGGAUUUUCAGGAGGAGCUUGACCUAAUGAAGCUGCGUGAGGAGGUUGUAACCCUAAUCCGAGCCAAUCAGCAAUUGGAAAAUGACCUCAAUCUCAUGGACAUCAAAAUUGGACUCCUUGUGAAAAACAAAAUCACAUUGCAGGAUGUUGUGUCUCAUAGUAAGAAACUUACAAAGAAGAACAAGGAGCAGCUGUCUGACAUGAUGAUGCUCAACAAACAGAGGGGAGGUUUGAAGGCUCUAAGCAAAGAGAAGAGGGAGAAGCUGGAAGCAUAUCAGCACCUAUUUUACUUGCUUCAGACUAACCCUACCUACCUGGCCAAGCUGAUUUUUCAGAUGCCUCAGAACAAAUCCACCAAAUUUAUGGAUUCUGUAAUCUUCACCCUGUAUAACUAUGCAUCCAAUCAGAGAGAAGAAUAUCUGUUACUUCGGCUUUUCCAGACUGCACUUCAGGAGGAAAUCAAAUCAAAAGUAGACCAGUUACAUGAGAUUGUAACUGGAAACCCCACUGUUAUUAAGAUGGUGGUAAGUUUUAAUCGUGGUGCCCGUGGCCAGAAUGCACUGAGGCAGAUCCUGGCACCUGUUGUGAAGGAAAUCAUGGAUGACAAAUCACUAAACAUCAAAACGGAUCCUGUAGACAUCUACAAAUCUUGGGUUAACCAGAUGGAGUCGCAAACCGGAGAGGCCAGUAAGUUACCAUAUGAUGUUACAUCUGAGCAAGCCUUGGCCCAUGAAGAGGUGAGAACACGCCUAGAUGCGUCCAUCAAAAACAUGCGGACAGUGACAGACAAGUUCCUGACAGCCAUCAUCAGCUCAGUGGAGAAAAUCCCUUAUGGCAUGCGCUUCAUUGCUAAGGUUCUGAAAGAUUCACUGCAUGAGAAAUUUCCUGAUGCUGGUGAGGAUGAGCUGCUGAAGAUCAUUGGCAACUUACUCUAUUAUCGCUACAUGAACCCAGCCAUUGUUGCUCCAGAUGCAUUUGACAUCAUUGACCUUUCCGCGGGAGGGCAGCUGACUACUGACCAGCGCAGAAACCUCGGUUCCAUUGCAAAGAUGUUACAGCAUGCGGCAUCCAACAAGAUGUUUAUGGGGGACAAUGCUCACCUAAGCAUCAUUAAUGAAUAUCUCUCUCAGUCCUAUCAGAAAUUCAGACGUUUUUUUCAGGCUGCCUGUGAGGUUCCAGAGCUACAGGAUAAAUUUAAUGUUGAUGAAUAUUCUGACUUGGUGACUCUCACUAAACCAGUUAUCUAUAUUUCCAUUGGAGAAAUCAUCAAUACACACACCUUACUCUUAGAUCAUCAAGAUGCAAUUGCUCCUGAGCACAACGAUCCAAUUCAUGAGCUUCUGGAUGACCUGGGGGAAGUUCCCACUAUUGAGUCCCUGAUAGGGGAAGGGUCUGGUAAUAUUAAUGACCCCAACAAGGAGAUGCUAGCAAAGACUGAAGUUUCUCUUACACUGACUAAUAAAUUUGAUGUUCCUGGUGAUGAGAAUGCUGAAAUGGAUGCAAGGACAAUCUUAUUGAAUACAAAGCGUUUAAUUGUAGAUGUAAUCCGCUUUCAACCAGGGGAGACACUGACUGAGAUCCUGGAAAUUCCAGCCACCCAUGAGCAGGAAGCAGAGCACCAGAGAGCUAUGCAGAGAAGGGCCAUUCGUGAUGCCAAAACCCCCGACAAGAUGAAAAAAUCCAAAUCUGUAAAGGAGGACAGUAACUUAAACCUUCAAGAAAAGAAGGAGAAAAUCAAGACAGGCUUGAAGAAGUUGACAGAACUGGGAACUGUGAACCCAAAGAAUAGAUACCAGGAGCUAAUCAAUGAUAUUGCCAAGGACAUCCGGAACCAGCGUAGAUACCGUCAGAGGAGAAAGGCAGAGCUGGUGAAGCUGCAGCAGACUUACAGUGCACUGAACUCCAAAGCCAACUUUUAUGAGGAACAAGUGGACUAUUAUAAAAGCUAUAUCAAAACCUGCUUGGAUAACUUGGCCAGCAAGGGCAAAGUUUCUAAGAAGCCACGGGAGAUGAAAGGCAAAAAGAGUAAAAAGAUUUCCCUGAAAUAUACAGCAGCCCGACUCCAUGAGAAGGGAGUUCUGCUGGAGAUUGAAGAUCUGCAAGUAAACCAGUUUAAAAACGUGAUCUUUGAAAUCAACCCAACUGAAGAAGUAGGAGACUUUGAGGUCAAAGCAAAAUUCAUGGGUGUUCAGAUGGAAACAUUCAUGUUACAUUAUCAGGAUCUUUUGCAGCUGCAGUAUGAAGGUGUUGCUGUCAUGAAGCUGUUUGACAGGGCAAAAGUCAAUGUCAACCUCCUGAUCUUCCUUCUGAACAAAAAGUUCUAUGGGAAAUAAUAGGCAUCUCCUGGAGGAGCUAUGAAAAGGGAGAUGAAUGGAAAAACUGCAUCUCUGUUUCUUAAUGUCCUCUCUUACCUGUCCGAAGCAAAGACACCUAUAUAUUGAUGUACCUCUCUGCCCAAACUACAAGGAGGACUAGGCUGUCAUUGAAUUAGUCCUGAGUCCACAGAGACUCCAUACGUCUUACUGCUAUGAUUUUCUUUUCUCUGACUUUUCAGAUUCCUUGAAGCAUUUAGUUUAGAAUGUUUUCCAUGAACUAUUCCAGUGGCACUGGGGAUUAAACAGUUGUUAAAAUAUAUUUUGGGCUUCUGGGUGUGUUUUUUGCCGAGCUGUAUGGAUGGGUGGGGCUUGUUACUUGUAGAAGAAAGCUGGAACUGCAGAGCAUCCAGGUCUGCCUUUAACUCGAAGCAGAAAAGGAUUGCAGUUCUUAUUUGGACUCUCUCUCUGAAAUUCUAAGGAAACACAACAGGACACCAACUUAGAGAAAUGCCGUAGCACAGAGAAAUGGGAAUAUAUAUAACCUGCUGACUUUGUCCGUAGUAGUGUCCAUUACCGAGGGCACACUACCUAGAUGACUGAACUGAGUUAGAUUUUAGCAUGUAAUGCAGUGUAUAGAUGUAGUUCUGUCUUCAAACAGUGGGAAAAAGAAUAGAUUUUUGUCACAGAACUGUGUCACAUUAAAAGUGGUCAAUGACCAGGUUGCUCAGGUAGUUUCAGUGCCAGCUUUGGGGGAAGAGGGUGAUCUGAUGAUUGUUAAAUGAAUGGGACUAGUGCAGCAGAGUCUUAGAUGGCUUUCAAUGUCAUGAAUGUUGCUGAAUUAUCAUUACACGUGCAUUAUUGUAGCCAUGUAGAACAUCCUUAAUAAUCCUUUUUUCCAAUAUUUGUUUCCCUUAAAGGUGCCUUACUAGUAUACAAAUUGUCCUGGGAGGAAACAAGGAAUGGGUAUGCUAAUGCCUAAGGAAGAAAAGCAGCCUUUUUAAGGGGGGGGGGGAGAGUGCUUUUUGAAUCAGUUGAGAAAAGUUGCACAGUUUUGCUUGAGAAGCCUUUAGAGUAUUACAGAAAAAGUAUCUUGUUAGCUUAGUGUCCAGUGUAUCUGUACCUGAUGCCAUUAUACACUAGCAUCUACUUGCAGACUUGCCAAAGGGAAUUUUCUCUGCCUUAAGUAGACUGAGCUGCUAAAUUAUUUACAUUUUACCAAAUGUACCUGAGCAAAUGCCUUACUGUUUCCUUUACUACUUAGAUAUUCACUUACUAUUGUAUAUUUCUAUACCUAACAGAAAUGCAAAAGGCCAUUAUGAACUCUGAUCUUCAUUAACUUAAUUUUAGCUGGAAACAAACUUUUGUUGCUCACAUUCUCUGCUGUAAAGAAUUGAGGGGUAUUAAAUAUAACUGUUUUAUGUUUCCAGAGUGCAGGUUAAGUAAAGUCUCUGUUCUUAGACACACAUGCACAUCCCUCAUUGGCUUAUUUCAAAUAAUUUUGAUUUUAUUAUUUCAUCAAAGAGCAGGCCAUGUUAGUGGUUUUUUAAAAUGAAACCAGUUACUAAUGUUUGAAAACUGUCUUGCUGCCUUGAGAGUCAUAGAAUCCUAGGGUUGGAAGAGACCUCAGGAGUCAUCGAGUCCAACCCCCUGCUAAAAGCAGGACCAACCCCAACUAAAUCAACCCAGCCAGGGUUUUAUCAAGCUGGGACUUAAAAACCUCUAGGGAUGGAGUCAGUUUGUUUCCCACCAUCUUUUAAAAGGCUACUACUAUAUGACUCUACUUUGUGACAAACCCUGCCAUGCAAACAGUAACAAACAGAUUUUCUCGUGGUCCAUGCAGUAUUAGCAUAAUAAAAAGAACAGAUGAUGCGACUUUCCUUUUGGAUGUAAAACUGACCACAGCCAGGAAAUUCCAAAUAGGGGAAAUUCUGCCCUGAGAAAGGAGAACCCCAAAAUAGGAAUUUUACUUCCCACCCAAAAUAGCAUCAGGACAGUGUCAGGAUAAAAGUCUUGACUUGUAUCUACCUGUCCCCACUACUAUUUAACUGAAGGGGUUUAAAUCUAAUUUAUUUUUAGUUAGGGAUGAAAAGGUGACAAUAGGCCAUUUCCAGAUAUUCACUAGGAAUAAAACCCUAAAACCCUGUCAGCUAUUAAACAAAAGAAAUGGAUGUCUCUCUAUUUAAAAAGAGCUACUUCCCAGAUACCUGCAUGGCUGCCUCCUUGCUAUAACCCACUCUGGAUUCAUGGAAUAGCUAAUGAGACAUGUUAGUGAGGCUGUUCUAAGAACAUAUCAUGAUACCUAUGAGGAAAAGAUACUUGGAUUAUUUAGAAAAACAGCCAGUACCUAUUUGAAAAUAGUUUUUGGUGCAAAGUGACAAGACAACUAGGUAGUAAAAGAGUGAAACAGUUUAUGGGAACAGGUGUGCCAAUUUUAGUUAAACAAUAGUGUGUAAUUUGGUAGGAGUUUUAAAAAGAAUUGAGAAACUCUGGAAGAAAGAUCCAAGUUCAGCACUGAAAUUCUGUAAGUGUUGUUUUAUUUAUUGGUGUCCUAGCUUUUCCUUUUGCCUCUCCCUGCUCUCACAAUCCUUGUAUUUCUCUUGGGCUUAAAUUCCUUUAAAAAAACUAGAUGGUUUGGCCUAUUGUUUGCUUAUAAAGUGUAUGUAUUUCUCAUCUGAAUAAAAGAUCAUUUGUUCAAA